UGCAUACACUAUGCAGCACGGUUUGCUGUGACGUUCAUAACAGAGGCAAGUCCGAACAAAUAUCUCCCUACGCGUAAUAAUUAUAAGACACAGCAGCCUUAUAAAGAAGUCUGUUUAACGUAUUUAGCCAGCUCAGAGAAUCAUUUUUCGUCUGGAGACAGCGAAAAAUUAGAAUUCAAUGUAAGCACUGAUUAUUUUCGCAGUAACCAGUAGAUGAUUCCUUAUUGCCGCUACCUGUCAAAGCGAAAUCCUUCAGUGGACUGAUGAGGAAAAUGAUGCAUGCCGAGGAUGAACUGACCAAAGCAGCUGCGACUGGAAACACUUACCAUGUUCAGUUUUUACUAUCUAACGGAGUGAAUGUGAAUGGCGUUAACAAAUUCGGAAGAACGCCUAUACAGGUGAUGAUGAUGGGUAACACACCUUUGGCUCACCUGCUGCUGGAAUAUGGAGCAGAUCCUAAUGUGCCUGAUCCCGGGACAGGAAGCACUCCUUUGCACGAUGCUGCCAGAACCGGUUUCAUGGACACCGUGCGGCUUUUAAUUCGCUUCAAUGCCGAUCCUAAUGCAACAGAUCACAGCAAUUUACGACCUGUGGAUGUGGCACGGCAGACUGGACAUAUGGACGUGGCUGAAUUUCUCAGUCGUAUUUAAACGCUAAAGUUCUUUUUCUUUUUUCUUUGUAACUAGCCUACAUAUUUAUCACAUGACAGGUUAAAAAAUAAUAAUAAUAAAGGAAUGAGCCCAGCAGUUAUGCACUUUAAUUGUUUAGGAUAGAGCCUAUUUGUAGGCUAAUAAUAAUUUACAAUAUUGUUUGUGUAUUUUUAUGCUGUUUGGAGUAUUAAACAUUUUAGGUAUUUUUAUUCCUAUGAGAAUUUAUGGUUCACAGUUCAUUUUUUAUAGGCCUUCAUGCGGCAUCACUAUCAAAAACUACAGAAAAAAGGCAACUUUAAGUUUGAAGCAUUAAUGAUGAAAUCACCCUAGUCUGUCUGGACGCAGCAUUUCGGUUAAUGUAUACGAUUACAUUUUUAAACAUAUCCAUAAGAUUUGUUCUUUACUUAGCAUGGUAAUGGCUAAAUAGAGUUAAGUCGUGGAAAGAUAGCUAACGAAGUUUAUUGGGCAAGUGCUCAAACCAAAUAACCUAUUAGCAAAAUAUGUGGCUUAUAUUUCUCAGUUCUCUAAGAAAAUAAGAUGUUUUCGAUAAGUUUAUGUUUUAUGAUAAGCUAAAUAAAUGCAACUAUCUAUAUGCCACCGUGCAA